AUGUUCCGCUAUUUCGGAUCUUUCAGUGUCCAUGCUUCUGCAGAGUCUUUGGUGUUCCUUGAUUCGUGGGCUGAUUUUUAUUCAUCUUUCACCGGUAUACUUCUGUGCACAGUUACCGCAUUUGAUGCGAUAAGCUCCCGAGUAAUCCAGUUUGUCCUUCUGCUCGUGUUGCGUCGGCAGACUGUUGAAAAGUGUCGUCUUCUCCACCUUCAUCACCUCAUACGAAAUAUAAUCAACGAGUUUCAUAUAUCUGAUUUGCUGGAGACUCAGAUACCGCGUCUCUGCGACCGCAUCCUUCAACUGGCAGCAACCACGGUUGGUCCGAUGCGCCAUGUUCUGUGGCCCUUCGUUCUUGAGCUGCUUGUACCGGCAGAGUGCACCGAUUCAGUUGCAGCAAUCUGUCAAGUCAUCACCAACCUGGUCAAGGAGCCCUCAUACUCUGAAUUUGCCCUUCCUGAAACCUGCCUUGAGCCUGGUGGCCCGUUAGAAGACAGAGACUUUGCUCCCUUCAGGUUGCCACCAGAUAUGGCCAAAGACUUGAGUGAAUGCGGUGAGUUGUAA